UUCUAACGCACCUUUAUAAUCCACUCAAAACUCCAUGACCUCCGCCGUGCCUUACAACCCCGACGACUUUGACGUUAACAACCCGUUGGGCGACGAUUUCGAUAAUAACCCGUUGGGCGCCGAUUUCAGCAACAACCCGCUGGGCGCUGAUACGCCCGAUGACACGGUCGAUGUUCCAAUCGACGAGCCAGCUGAAGCCUCGACGAUUAUCCCGGGCCACACCAUCACAGCGAUCGUUUCCGACGAGGAGCUCCACCGCUUGCUCCCUGAACGGUUCCACGCGCAAAAGUCGCAGGCGAAAAUUACUGUCAAAAUCAGCACGAUCGACUUUUCCAAGCGUGAAAACCCGAUCGUAACCCUCGACUUCACUCUUGAACACUUGCCGGGCUACCGCAAGGCAGCGUACAAGGACGUGCGGCGUUCGUACGCGGCGCUCGGCAAGUUCCAAAAGUACCUCGAGAUAGCCAAUUUGGAGGUGUUUGUGCCCAGCGUGCCGCCUGCGGUCACGAGCUACCCUACAGGCGAGCAGGAACAGACAAAGGUGCGGAGAGAUCUCCAGAACUGGUUGGACUACGUGACGGGGAACCCAGUGGUGAUACGGGACGAUGAGUUUGUGCACUUUAUCGAGAGCGAUUUUGACUACACGGUGAUCAACGCACACCAUAAGGCGGCGGUUGCAACGGGCUUGAAGCGCAAGACGUUGAAGCAAUUGCAGCCACCGUACGACUCGUUCACGGAGUUGGCAGAGUUCCGGCCGUUUGUGAAAUCAGUUUACCAGACCGCCACCAAGCUCACCAAGCAGAUGGAGCGAAUUGGGAGGUUAGAUCGACUCCACAGUGUGGCGCUCGCGGACUUUGGCGCCGCGUUCCAGCCGCUCGCAGAGGCCGAGGCUGGCCGUGCGCGUGCGGUGAGCCACCCGGGCAUGGUGCGCAUGUGGCAGAAGGUGGCCAAGACACUUGCGGCGAACGCUGACUUGCUUCUUGCACAGUCGGCAGUGGAGCUUGCCACCUUAGGCGAUGAGUUCCGCAUCGUGGCCAGCGAUGCUUACAUCGUCAAGGAGUGCUUGACAAACCGGCACUUGGUGAUGCGCGAGCUCAUCCAGGCCCAGGAUUCCACCAAGAGUAGCCACACGCGCGUGGUGAAGAUUAAAAACCGCUCUGUGAUCGACCCACUCAAGGUGGAUGAGGCCAUCAAGGCGUUGGAGUUUGCCACACAGAUCGAGAAGAACUUGACGCUCCAGGUCAAGCGCAUCAGCGGCGAGAUGAUUAUUGAACGUGGCGAGAUCAUGGCGCGCAUGGAGACAAGACUUAACAGUGCCGUGACCAGCUACACGUUGGCAAAGAUCGAGACCGCGCGCAAGACGUUGCGCAACUUGGAGCAGAUCCGGGGCGAUAUUAGGGCUGUUGACGAACGCGGCGGCUUGUCGCGCUUGGGGAGGGACCAUUUGCCCGCCAGGGGUGAGUGUGGGGCUGCAUCACAGUCAAACAAGGGCGAUAGCUGGUCUAACAGGACCACCAGAGCGAUUGACGUGGUUAAAAACAGGAGCGAUGAGCAGGAAAUGGAGCCCGAGGAGCCCCAAGGUCCGGCCUUCGAUGCCCGCAGUGCCGCUGCGUUACUCGGAAGCUGCACGUUUUAA